GGGUACACAAACAAACGUUGUUUUAGAGAGAGAAAGUUGUAGUUUUAGAGAGAGAACCCAAACAAAAAGCACACGCUUUGAAAAAAAAACAGAGAGAGAGAGAGAGAGCUAAAGAACCAGACCGCACAAGAAUAGUUUUAGAGAGAGAGUCUCUCUCUCUCUCUCUCAUCCCAUCAUGCACUGUAUCAAUCUUUCUUCGAUCUACCAAACUCUCUGAUUAAUUACUCUACAAAACAGUGUCUAUUCAUACACAAAUUCACAAUUUCCCUUUUUUUUUUUUUUUUUUUUCCUUCUAUAAAAUCCUAACUCAUAGAGAAUCAGAACCCCAAAAAAUUUCAAUGGAGUUUUACGGGCGGAGCACUGGGAGAGACGGGUCGGAGUCGGGUUGGCCCGUGGGGUCCGAAACUGGGCUCGAAGAGUCAAUGCAACGGUUCGGGUUGUGGAGCAGAGAAUUGCCGUACCCGGAGCGAUCGGGCGUGCCCGACUGUGCUUUCUACAUGCGAACUGGGUCCUGUGGAUACGGUUCCAAGUGUCGUUACAAUCACCCUCGCGACCGUAGCUCGGUUGGGGCAACUGUAAGAUUUGGAAGAGGUGAGUAUCCAGAGCGGCCAGGGGAGCUCACGUGUCAGUAUUAUUCAAGGACUGGGAUCUGUAAAUUUGGUGCAUCCUGCAAGUUCCACCAUCCUAGAAAUGGUGGUGGAUCGAUGAGUAAUAUGCGAGUCAAUAUCUAUGGAUACCCAUUAAGACCAGGUGAGAGAGAAUGCUCCUACUAUUUGAAAACGGGGCAAUGCAAAUUUGGUGUAGCCUGUAAAUUUGAUCAUCCUCAACCAGGUGGGAUGUCAAUGCCAGAGCCUGCACAUCAAUUUUAUCCAACGGUGCAGUCUUCAUCAUCAGUUCCUUCAUUUGAUCCAUAUGGGGCAGCCUCUCCCAGCUAUAGGACUGGAAGGCCUCCACCAUUGCCUGGCUCAUAUGUGCCAGGUGCUUAUGGUCCCGUGCUUCUUUCUCCUGGAGUUGUUCCCAUUUCGGGUUGGAGUCCUUACGCGGGACCUGUAAGCCCAGUAUUGUCUCCUAGUGCUCCACACUCUGUUGGAGCAGGUUCCCCAUAUGGUGUUACACAGUUACCUUCUUCAGCAUCUGCAUUUGUGGGACCAUAUCCUACCUUCCCCUCUCCUGCUGGACCUUCAAGCAGUACUCAGGAAAGAGGGUUUCCGGAGAGGCCUGGGCAACCUGAUUGCCAAUACUAUUUGAAAACAGGAGAUUGUAAAUUUGGAUCUUCUUGUAGGUUUCAUCAUCCACCAGAUUGGGUGGUAUCAAAGACAAAUUGUCUCCUCAGUUCCAUGGGUCUCCCUAUGCGUCCGGGGGUACAACCUUGUGCUUUCUAUAUGCAAAAUGGACACUGCAAGUUUGGGAGCACAUGCAGAUUUGAUCAUCCAAUACGAACAGUAAGAUAUAGUCCAUCAGCUUCGUCUCUCUCAGACAUGCUGGUUGCUCCCUACUUGGUCGGGUCUUCCCUUGCUACUCUGGCUCCACCAUUUUCAAAUUCAGAGCCGCGCCCUGAAUUUAUAUCAGGGCCUAUAUUGGAUCCUCCUCAUUCAAGUAGAACACCUUCAUCUGGAAACACUUCAAGUAGUUCGGUUGGUUUCAUCUACUCACAAACCGUGUCUGCUUCACUUUCUGAUGUCCAGCAGUCGAGUCAAAGUUCUGCCCCAUUAAGCAUUAGUACAAGCACGAGACAAGGUGUUGAAGUUCGUCGUUCAAGCUAAAAGUAAAACCUAAAAUCCAUUCACUGUCUCAUCUAUUCUUGGAUCUGAGGAAGCUUAAUACUGUUUGUUGUACAAAGUUUCAUCUCUUAAUAUCAAGGUUCAUCAACAUAUUUGGUACAUAGCCUACAUCUGAUCAUUCACGGUCAUAUAGUCAACAUUGGCAUCAAUAUCAACUCAAAUAACAAAGCUGAAAUGGCAAACCCCCCUGUGGAAAUGUUUUCCUCUCAUUAACAACAACAAAGUAGUCAUUUCCAUCAGGAGGGUGCAUUUCGGGCUUCUGAUUCUGAGGGCUUAUGUAGAAACCUUUUUAAAGGCUUCUCAAAUCUUGGGGCAUUUCAUUGCAGUCUCUAAUUGGUAUAUGGUAAGUGAUUGUCUCGAUGGUUUUAAAUUUGACUCGGUAGGAAUUCUGUCUUGAUAUCCAUUGAUCAAUGCUUGUAAGAGAUGACAUUGUUGGACCUUGAGAAGCAUUGUCCAUGCUUGUAUGAUAGGGGUGGGGCGAAAAUGCUGUGGAAUUUAGGGUUCCAUUUGAAACUUUGAAUGGUUUAUAGUUACAUCCACCGAAAAUGUUUCCCACUUAGCCACCGUGUUUACAAUCAUAUUUUAGCACAUGCAAUUCGUAAGCAUUAUAGCAGCAAACUUCCUGUUUGAGAACAAUGUUUUAAUUCUUUGAUGGUUUGGCAAAUGUUUUGGGAGCAGUAUGUGUAAA